CGUACGUAGUUGAUGGCGUUAGACUUAGAUGCAUCGUUGCCGGCGUAGUUGGGACACAGAUCUCUCAUGUGCUCACGCAUGGGGACGCUAAGCUGCGCUGCUGACAUGACCUCCGGCACGAAGCUACAGCACCACCAGCCAGCAGCGCCAACAUCGCCCACCGCCUCCUUCUCGGAGUCGAACAUCGUCGCCUCGUCCGCCGACCCCGACGCCAUCGACGCCCUAGCGGGCCUGCAAGCGCUGAGGUUCGAUGGAGACAUCGACGGCGAGAUCCAGUCCCCGGACCUCGCCAUGUGGGAGUCGCUCUUCGCCGACCAGAUCGGUGCCGGCGCCGCCUCGAGCGCCGACUUCUUGAUGUCCUCCCCAAGGAGGGACUUCAGCCCUCUGAGGGACUUCAUGGCGUCUUCUCCCAAGAGAGACUACAUGGUGUCUUCCCCCAAGAGGGACUACAUGAUGUCUUCACCCAAGCGAGACUACAUGGUGUCCUCCCCUAAGAGAGAGAUGGUCGGCUCCCCAAGGAGAACCUUCUCCAACCUCUACAACAACAGCACCAGCCAACAGAGCUACAUGCAUGGCACCUUGCACGGCAUGGACACGGGGAGCCCCAACAAUCUCGUCAGCUAUGGUGGCAAGGGGAAGUCGUCACAGAGCCCGCUCCACAAGGGGUUCGUCAACAACGCCCACAGCAACAGCAGCAAAAGCAACCUUUCGUGCACCUCGUCCUACGUUAACAGCAGCGAGAACCUUCCUCUCCCAUCCAUGAACUCCUCCUUCCUGGAGGACGGGUACCUGGCGUACCAGCUGCCGCCAGAGAAGGACAGCGGCGGCAGCUCCUCUGCCGGCACCAGUGCCACGCAGCUGCCGACGCUGUCCGAGUGCCUGGCGAUGCCGGAGCCAGUAUACGGAGCCAGGGACGAGGCGGCGGUCGGCAGAGGGAUUCCGUCGGGAGGUUUGCAGCCUGAUCACCUCUACUACCCCAGCCAGUUCGGAGCUGCAGAUGUCUUGCCGUUGCAGCACCAAAUGGCAAAGCCUGACCAGUGGGCGGAUUCUUCCUCCUUGCACAGCAUGCUGGGGUCAGUAAUACAGUCAGAUCAGGUUGAGCAGGAACAGGACAGCGGUCUUCAGCUGGUGCACCUGCUGCUGGCGUGCGCCGACUUCGUGUCCAAGGGCGACCAGCCCUCCGCCCUCCGCCACCUCCACCUCCUCCGGCGCGUCGCCUCGCCGCUCGGUGACUCCAUGCAGCGCGUCGCCUCCUACUUCGCCGACGCGCUCGCCACUCGCCUCUCGGUCUCCUCCGGCACCGCCAUCUCCCCGCGCGGCGCGGGUGCUCCUUACCCCUUCCCGCCGUCGGCUGAUACCCUGAAGAUUUACCAGAUCCUCUACCAGGCAUGCCCUUACAUCAAGUUCGCUCACUUCACGGCCAACCAGGCCAUCUUCGAGGCCUUCCACGGCGAGGACCGCGUCCACGUCGUCGACCUGGACAUCCUCCAGGGCUACCAGUGGCCGGCUUUCCUCCAGGCGCUCGCGGCGCGGCCGGGUGGCCCGCCGACGCUAAGGCUGACGGGGGUGGGCCACCCGGCCACGGCUGUAAGGGAGACCGGGCGGCACCUUGCCUCCCUCGCCGCGUCGCUGCGUGUGCCGUUCGAGUUCCAUGCCGCCGUGGCAGACAAGCUGGAGAGGCUGCGCCCCGCCGCUUUGCAGCGCCGCGUCGGGGAGGCGCUGGCCGUGAACGCAGUGAACCGCCUGCACCGCGUCCCCGGCACUCACCUCGGCCCGCUGCUGUCUAUGAUCCGCGACCAGGCUCCCAAGAUUAUGACGCUCGUUGAGCAGGAGGCUGGUCACAACGGCCCAUACUUCUUGGGCAGGUUCCUGGAGGCACUCCAUUACUACUCGGCGAUCUUCGACUCGCUCGACGCGACAUUCCCGGCAGACUCGGCACCACGGAUGAAGGUGGAGCAAUGCCUCUUGGCUCCUGAGAUCCGCAACGUGGUGGCAUGCGAGGGCGCCGAGCGGGUGGCACGUCACGAGCGGCUGGACCGGUGGCGCCGCAUCAUGGAGGACCGUGGAUUCGAGGCCGUGCCGCUAAGCCCGGCGGCCGUCGGCCAGAGCCAGGUCCUGCUAGGGCUUUACGGCGCGGGUGACGGGUACCGGCUCAACGAGGACAAUGGGUGCCUCCUCCUCGGCUGGCAGGAUCGCGCCAUCAUCGGCGCCUCAGCGUGGCGGUGCUAAUCAAAGGAUCCGUCGUGGCUGGACAAGAUGGAGGAGGUGUUAUAUGUGUGGGUGUGUUUAUUUUCUUUGUUGGUUGACUAGCCGAAUUUCCGGCAACUCACUGUGACAAGUUUGUA